GCGAUAAUUCCUUGUCACUGCUGACAGAGGUAAUCAAUCAAUCAUCCUCAUUAGCCUCCAGUUCAGGAGCAAUUCGCUUCAUGACCCUGCGUGGCUUAAUUGAUUAGAAGAACAAGAUUAUUGGUUUUGACUGUCGCUAUGGAUGAAGACUGUGAUUUAGCUGAAGAUUUUGACUGUCCAAGCCUUCUGUGCGAGGAGCUGGAGGCUUUGGAAACAAAGAAUGACCAAGGCGGCAUGAAGAGGAGGAGGGAAGGAGAAGAGGAAGAAGUGUUUAACGAGAGGGAGGAUGAAGAGGCAGAAGAAGAGAAAGAGGGGGAAGAGGGACAGAGAAAAUAUAAAGUUUUUGUGUCGGAAAAGGAAGUGAUGGCAACAGAGGGAGAAGAGGAGGAGCAGGUGAAGCUGAAGUGUGGGCUGGGAGCGGAGGAGGCUCAGGAGGUGCAGAUGGAAUACAACACAGUAGAGAACAAUGAGGAAAGAACUGUUGAGAAGCUGGACCACAAAGAAACAAGGGGUCUGAAAGAAAAAGAUGAGAAGAAAAAGAGUAGGAAGAGACGAGGUAAGAAUCAGAGUGAGCGUGUGAGAAACAGGAGAAAUUUAAAAGAUAUUGCUGAGCGGUUUGACGAGGAACAGAGGAGUCAGACACAGGAGGUGUCAGUGAUGAGCUCCAAGGGGAGCUCGGUUUUGUCAGAGCCUCCCAUUGGAUUAAUGAGCACCUGCGACCUGUCAGAUCCUGUUUAUCUGGGCUGUGGGGGGACUGGCCUGUAUCGCCCACUGGUUCCUGUUCCCCUGCUGUACUCCUCCCAAGCUCUGGUCCCAAUCCAGCCUGCGCCUCCUCAGCCCCACGGAACAAAAAGACCCCACAGCCCCCCUCUACCUCCCAGUGUCCUCCAGCAGGGCCCACAGCCUCUUGAGAUAGAUAUCGGACAGUUCUACUCCACCCGACGCUCCAUCCGCCACAACAACAGGGGUCGAGGCCAAUCCCUGAGCUUUCCUCUGCUGAAGGGCUCAGAGACAGUGGACAGCUGCUUGCUGCCACCUGCCCCCAAAAAGAAAUCAAGAACCCUCUACAGCACAGAUCAGUUAGAGCAUCUAGAGGCCUUGUUCCAGGAGGACCACUAUCCUGAUGCAGAGAAGAGGAAAGUCAUUGCUGUGUCAGUUGGUGUCACACCUCAAAGAAUUAUGGUCUGGUUUCAGAACCGCAGGGCUAAGUGGAGAAAGGCUGAGCGCUCCAUCACAGGGAAGGUUGAACACAGACACAGUAGAGCCGGAUGCAGCAGCAACAUCAGCCCUCCACAUCACCAGAUCAAUCCCACGCUGGUAUCCAGCAGUAAGGGAGCUCCCUCGUAUUCUGGUCACUUUACAACCAAGCUGCCCCCUCUUGCCCCUGCGGCACCUUCAUUCCUCUCUCUGUCUAACCAGACUCCCCCCUCCUACAGCAACCUGUUGGCCAGCAUUAACAGCCCAGGUCAAUCCAGGGUGAACGAUGGGGGCCAGCACCAGCUUUCAUCUCAGGUGGGGCUGGCAGAGUACCACCCCCGCCCUAUGCACAGCCCUCCCCCACUGCGGCGAGCGGGCCUCCCCCUUUUUACAACCACUUACAACCCGACAAACUCUGCUCCACCUCUGCUUAACACCCUGGCUCACACCCCACCUCUGUUCCUGGAUGCUCUGGAGGGGGGCUCCUCCUUGGCCCAUCGUGACACCCAGUCUCUGCAGAAUGACACCAGUUCUCUGUUUGACUUUGGGGAGAAGCUGGACUACUUGACCUCAGGGCAACAGAACAACGCUCUCUCCUACCAUGUCCAGACUUCCUAUCCCACCAGUCAGCCCCGGCACCAACCGCAAGCAUCUCUGCCCCGGAUGGCUUACCUAACCCCCUCGCCAUACCUCACCCCCAACCCUCCAGAUUCUAACCCUACCUCCUACUUGACCUUUGCCCCUGGGGGAAACUCUGCAGGGAUGGUGACCUAUUCCACAGGAGGCCACACCUAUUUCCAGUCCCAGAACGCAGGACAAAUCCUGCUGCAGUCUGCUGGGCAUCACGGUGGAAUUGCUGCGUACCAAACCUAUCCAUGGGGAAACGUAUAUAGCCAACUCCCCGUCCACCAGCGUGCUGAGUGCCCUCAAACCUACCCCGCCAGCCUGGGAGGUGCUCGAGAUGUCCAACCCCCUUCCUCCACCCUGCCUCCCCCUUCAUUCUUCACUCAUGGGCCCUCACAUGCAGACUCCCAGCGGCAGUCACACACCAUCAGCAGCAACAGCAGCAGCACUACCGUCCUCCCUCCCGUGUCCACCUUGCGGCCGUCUUGUCUCAGAGCCGAGAUAACUCCAACCAAGGCUGCAUCCCUGCUGCCUUCUCAGGUCAGCCCUGCCUCUCCAGAAAGCCCUCCAGUGCCCUCUAGUGUCAAGAUAGAAUAUGACAGCCCUCAAGAGAUUCACAGCCACUUCCACUGUGACUUCUCCCCGCCUAUACACUUUUGAAUGUGUGUGUUUGUGAGAGAGUGUGUUUAAUUAGUGUGUGUUAAUAUGUCCUUUAUAAAUGUGAGUGCUUCUGUAUAUCAGUUUGAAUUACUAUUAUUAUUCAUUUGCUCAGAGUCAUUAAAUGUUGGCAAGCUUUGCGAAGCUGCAUUUGGGCUGGCUGCAAUAAAAGCUCACAAUCCUUAACCCUU